AUGGAUUAUGAUAAGGAUGAUGAUGUUGAUGAUGAUGAAGAUGAUUAUGAUGAUGAUCUGGAUGAUGAUGAUAAUGAUGAUGGUGAUGAUGAAGAUGAUUCGGAUGAUGAUGAUAUUGAUGAAGAUGAUGUUGAUCAUUUUAAUGACGAUUAUCAUCACGAUAAUGAUGAUGAUGAUAAUUUGGAAGAUGAUGAUGAUGAUCUGAAUGAUGAUGAUUAUGAUGGUGAAAUGGAUGACGAUGAUGAUGAUGAUUUGAAUGAUGACGACGCUGAUGAUGAUGAUGUUGAUGAUUUGGAUGGUGGUGAUGGUUAUGAUGAUGAUGAUAUGGAUGAUGAUGAUGAUUACGAUUUGGAUGAUGAUGAUCACAUUGAUGAUGAUGAUGAUGUUUAUGAAGAUGAUUAUUUGAAUGAUGAUGAUGAUGAUUUGGAUGAUGAUGAUGAUGAA